CGUAUGACCCGUAUGCGGAACGAGAUCGCUUUUCGAACGAGCCGGAGCCAAAAGAACCGGAUCCGGACCCGCAGCCAGCGGCACCGGAGACUCCUGUGGCGCCGAAGGAAACACCGAAGGCGGAAACACCUGACGACGAAAAUGAGACCGUGCCAGAAUCACCAGGUCAGCCAGAGGCGCCCAAUGGCAACGGCCCCAUGGCCAAGGUUGACCCCUACGUCUGGGAAGACAGGCCGUUCUACAACCCCUUCCACCCCCUCAACUACUGGAUCAUGAAUAAGGACAAAUCAUGGGUCCAAAACCCCUUCUACGACCCUAAUUACCAAUUCAAGUAACCUGCAGUAAGAUGUGUACAUUUCAGUGCCGUACAUGUGCAUUCAAGCUGGCAUACAUGUACGUAAAUUGGAUACUAGGCCGGGCUUAUAUAGUUUAUUUAAAAGCGUAUUUACUUUGUUUCUAUGCUACUUUUCCCUUGUGUAAAGUCUAACACUAUAGCAAAGUUAAGGAUGUUUUAAUUCUUUUUGCUAGGGCAGGCAAAGCAAAACGAAUAGGCAGGAACCUUAAGCUUUCUAGCAUAUAUUUCAGACACCUCAUGCAUCUAAGAAACUACAAUAUGAGUUUCAUACGAAUAUUAUUCUUGACUUUCUUUUAGAGCUGUAGAGACUUUGCCUCACUUUCCUUUUUAUAUUUCAAUUUUUUUUUUUUACAAUUAUACAUUCCAAUGCUAUCAUUUCCAAAAUGUAGAUAAUGUUUCAUUCAUAUCGCCUUUCUGUUUUCCUGACAUAUUUCAUAAUUGCGGAGAUAACUAGCGACUCUUCGUAAAGCAGGGAGAGGGAGAGGGAAACUUGUCAGAUUUUACAACUUAAGCUCCAAGCAGAUGUUAGGUAGCUGUUUUAGUUGAGCUCUGAUAGUCUCUAGUACCCGGAUAACACAGCAAAUCAGAAACCAUGACGAUUCUCUACCCAAUAUCUGCUUGGAGAUUAACCAUAACUGCUGUUCAUCAUAAGAAGGAGUCAAAGGUCACAACCUAAGCUCCAAGAAGACGUUGGGUAGACACUCCCCAUGUUUGAUUGAGCUCUAAGGUAUAGAUACUGUAAGAGAAACCCAGCCAAACAGAAACUAUGGCGAUACGCUAUCCAACAUCUGCUUGGAGCUUAGGUUGUAACCUCUGACUCCUUCUUAUGAACAGCAGUAAUGGUUCAUCUCCAAGCAGAUGUUGGGUAGACAAUCUCCAUGUUUUAGUUGAGCUCUAGAUACGGUUAGAGAAAUCCAGCCAGUCAGAAACCAUAUGGCGAUUCUCUACCCAACAUCUGCUUGGAGAUGAAUGCUUACUGCUGUUCAUAAGAGAAUGAGUCAGAGAUUACAACCUAAGCUCCAAGCAGAUGUUGGGUAGACAAUCUCCAUGUCUUUUUUAUAGUUGAGCUCUGGGUUACUAUAUACUGCUGGGAAACCCGAGCCAGUCAGAAGCCAUGACGAUUCUCUACCCAACAUCUGCUUGGAGAUGAGUAAUUACUGCUGUUCAUAAGAAAGAGUCAGAGGUUACUAAGCUCCGAGCAGAUGUUGGGUAGACAAUCUCCAUGUUUUAGUUGAACUCUGAUGUACUAGAUACAGUUAGAGAAGUCCGGACAGUCAGAAACCAUGACGAUUCUCUACCCAACAUCUGCUUGGAGAUGAGUAAAUCUACUGUUCAUAAGAAGGAGUCUGUAUACAGGAGACCCUGUAGCUUUUCCACCCCUGUACAGCUGUGUUGGAUUAAAAUCUUCCUCACACACACAGCCGUUUGUCUGUUAUAUAUAGAUCCUAGACACAGGCGGCUCAUGAGUCAUGGUCCUUGAGUGGCCUUGGCCCUCCUCCUCACAAACUAGAGACGUACAGCUAGUAUAUCACCGUCUGUUUGCGACAGUUUGCGAAAGAUAGUCGCUAACAGGCGCUAGUACGUCGCGUAUUUGUCUCCAACAUUCGCAAAGUGGUCGCUUGAAAUAUAUGACAUUUUUUUAAAUAGAAAAAAAAACGCAAUUUGUAUACUGUUAUUAACAAGCGCGAACUAGCCGCGAACUAGACGCAAACUAGUCGCCAAUACAGGCGCAAUUAUUGCAAAUCUAUCUCUGUAUGAUGUAUCUUAAUCAUUAUGUAAAGACGCCUGAUUAUCUAACCUUCAUAUCUUAAUCACUGAAACAAAGGCAAAACUGCGUCAAAAACGAAUCCUUAGUUCCUAACCCAAUUUUAGUAGAUACAACUUUAUUUGAAAUCGCAGUGUUGGCACUGAAUUGAAAAUCAAAUCGUACAAUGACUGAAAGAUUCAUCAAAGAGAGUUUGCAGUUAUCGGGCAUAGUUCGCUUCUAAAUUUAGUUUGCGCGCAUUCAAGAUAUUUUGUCAAUUGCGGUUUCUUUAUCUUUUCAAAACAGUCGCCAUUUCAGGCGACCAACUUGCGCCUGUUUGCGGCGUAUUUGCGACUGUUAGCGACCGUGUUUCCUAAAAAGUCGCCAAUAGGCACAGCCCAGUGAGAUACCCGCUUCUGGUCCAUGUAUGUUUGCGUGAGUUGUGUAGAAAUCUGGGUAAUCUUGUUAACACAAAAUUGGAUUUGUGUAGCCCUGGGUUCAGAUCCUAUACCGUAUCAUUACCAUCUCACACGGGUACUGUUUAACACUACCUCUGUGUGUGUGUACCUGCGAACGGACCAAAGUCUCUUAUUAAGGACACUGGACAUUUCGUUAACACCACAAACUCCGAAGGUCAGAACAACAGUCGGGCACCGGACAAUACCUGUACGGUCCCACGUGAUUCCCGUGUCACGGCCACAUCAGGAGACCGCUAAAUUACGAUCCAAAGGGCGCUGGGGACAAAAGUCUUCUGAAGCGGCUUCACCUCAACUCGGCAGCAGAUUUUUCCUGACACGUGACAAGCCUAACGUUAUCAGCACGAUGCUGAAGAUACUGGUUCUGCUGUGUGUGAUCGGGAUGGUCCUGGCAGGACCGAUCCCGGAGGCUCGUGAUGACACUGGAAGCGGUGUUGAGACUCCGGAAACGGUAGAUCCGGACGAGGAAAAACCGGAAGAUGACGGAUAUGACGUCAGUCAGCCUGAGGCAAAAUCGGAGACGGACUCAUUCGAAGACCCCUGGACAUUCGACUGGGACUUGCCGGGAUGGGAGGAGGACGUCUACGAUCCGGAACAACCGGAAUCUGAGAAACCGAAACCCUACUAUCCGGAAGAGGAGGAACCGGAAGACACAGAUCCGUACUAUCCGGAACAGGCCGAAGUUGAGGAACAAGACCCCUACUAUCCGGAUCCGGAAGAGUCUAUCCGCGAGGAUCCCGGAUUCUAUUAUCCGGAACAGCCUGACCAAGAGGAGCCGGAACCGGAGUUUCCGGAACGAGAAGAAGGACUUAAGGAGGAUCAUGGUGGCAACCAGGCAGUAGAACAACAACGACAACAACGACAAGAAGGUGCUCAGGCCAUGCCAGUGGAGGAAGCAGCGCAGUACAGACAGACGGAGGACAUCGUAGCAGGCGGGUCUCGCCCAGGAGUCCAUCCAUGGUACCAGGACCCAGCACCCAACUAUCAGCAGUACAACUACGACCGUCAGAUGUACCAGUACUACAACUCCCACUACUACCCACCCGAGGGUCAGAUCCACUACGGGUCCGAGGGGCAAUACUACCAGAACCCAUGGGCCUACAACCAGCACUACCUGUCCAACCCUGAUGGGUCCUGGGUCUUCAACCCCUUCUAUAACCCCGAGGGAGACUACUACAAGAAGAAGUAGCAGCGUAGAGAAAUCUGCCCCCCCCCCAAAGAAAUAAGAAUAAUCGCAUAAAAGGAGGGACAUGAGAGCAUGCAGAUUUCGACAAAUGGCAACGUUAUCAUUCCACCAACAUCCACAAUAACCUCGACAAACCUCGCUUCUAUAGAAGGACCAUGCAAGACGAACCUGCUCCCUAGCAUGUACCACACAUAGACUUCUACGACUAAAGAAUUAUUUUCCGCGAAACCAUGUAAACUUUUGUUUACCAUCUAGACAUCUAGAGUUUUCGAAAAUGGCAAUAUUCUCAAUCCAUCCACCCAUUCCAAUAAAACUCUUUGCAAACCUAGCUUCUAUAGCCGGACUAUUUUCCUGUACCGCAUAUUUUUCGACAAGAAGCAACCGAUGCUAACAUAAUUACGUCCCUUACCGACUAGCAGCCCUCCGAAUAACAGUUCACGGACAAAAAACAUUAAUUCUACAAACAGAACAAGAGGCGUACAGUGGCCGGGCUAGCCAACACGAGAUCGAGAGAUCCUGACGUGAUAGACAGCCCAGGUGCACAGCCCUGGUGCACAGCCCAAGGUUUUCCGUAAACCUGACGCAAAAGGUGGUGGAAGGAGAGGGAUGGGCUUCGACUUUCAACACUGUGCCCUAGACACGGUGGAUAACAACCCUACGUCCUCAAAAAGGCUAGGCAACUACCUAUACCUUUAAUACCUUAUCAAACGACCCAUUGGCCUUCCAUAGAUUCAAGUAAAUGCAUUGUCUUCCCAUCCAGCCCGCCUGUCUCCUGACCCAUCCGCCAUUCACCCUACUGCCUACAACCCCAGCCAACAUGACCAACUUGCAAAUCCCUUCAACCCCAGCACUGACGACUACCCUGACUACAACUACAGUGAUGUACUUGUGUAUUACACCGACCCCUCACGUCUACACCCUUACCAGAACGUACCACAACACUACAACAACGAGGCCUACGCGCGCGCCGGGUAUAGCCCGUACGACCCCCGUAACUACUGGAUCCAGCAUACGGACGGUU